AUGGCCGCCUCCUCCGCCUCCUCGAUCUCGUCGUUCUCUACCGCGUCCACGACCACGACCGCGACGACCGCGACGAACGCUUCCGCCUCUUCCUCCGCCGUGACGAUCCCAGUCCCGGGAAAGUCCAUCCUCAAGCGGCCCCCGCCCCCACCCCAGUCGUUCCUCACCACCUCCAUCGCCCGCCUCUCCAAGUUCCUGCCCACGCAGCAAGCCGUCGCAUCGUCCGCCUCCUCUACCUCCUCCGCUACCUCUUCUACUGGAGCAGGCACCGAAGACAAGGAGAAGGAGCGGGAGAAGGCCCUCAAGCGCGCGCACUUCAUCCUCCCCCAGCUCGUGACCGUCUACCCGAUCUCGUCCUCCAACCCGCCGUCUUCGCCGUCGAUCAAGGAGGAGAAGCGGAACAUUGAAGCGCGCGAGGCCCAACGAAGAAGGAGGAUCGUCCGCGGCAACUCGUUCACAAAUGGCUACGGCAGCCCUGGGGGCUCAGCACGGUCCAGCAUGAGCGGCGGAAGCCUGAGCGGGAAGAUCGGUGCCGGGGAGGCGGGCUCGCCGGUGAGCAACGCGGCCGAGGCAGGGUCACCGGAGAGCUGGGAGGAAGACGAAUGGUGGAAUAUGGAGAAGGUGGAGAGCUUCUAUCGCGAGUGCUGCCAGGGCCGGGAGGAGCAGCCGAACUCGGGAGUGAGCAAGGCGUUCAAGUCUGCUCCAUCAACCCACCCAAGGACAGUGGACCUGUCGGGCGUUCAGAUCAGCCUCGAGCACGCCCAUAUCCUCUCUGAUGUGUUCACCAUCGAAUGGGGGCUUCGCAAACUCGUACUCAGGGAAUGUGACUUGGAUGAGCAUAACCUGAAACCGAUUCUCCACGCCCUCCUGAUACCUUCCUCCCUGCAAUACCUUUCCGUAGCUUCUAACCGAAGGCUAAAAACCAACGGCUACAAGCUAUUGGGGGCAUACGUCACCAAGGCGAAAUCCCUACAGUUCCUCGAUGUCUCCCAAAACUCGCUCGACAAGAAGUCUAUCGAGUAUAUCGCGGCCACGCUCACACCACAAGGUUCUCCCGGACUGGAAAGCCUCCGGAUGGACGACUGCGGUCUGAGAGGCGGCUCCCUGGAAGUACUUUCGCAGGCCGUGCGGACGAGCUCGCUCAAAAAUGUCUCCCUCCGCCUGAACCGUAUCGGACCCUCCGGCGCCGUCGCUAUCGCACUCAUGAUCAAAGACUACCCCGACAUCCUCCCCGCCCCGCCGCCCGGCUCGGUGCCCCUAUCCGCCACCUCCUCCGUGUCAACCUCGAGCUCGCCCACCAGCACCGCGCAGAGCUCGCCCGUGCUGUCGCAUUCCCCGCUCUCGCCGAUCGGCGGUGCGAGCCUCGCUAACGGCGCACCCGGCAGGGCCACCCACGCCCCGCCGCCUCCGCACCCUGCCUCCGCGCGGGCGGGCCCGCCACCCCCGCCGCCGCGCCAUCCCGCCACUGGACCACAGACGACCUACACACCGUAUGUGCCGCGCGCUAAACGACUUGCGGCUGCUGCCGCCACAGCAGCAGCGACGAGCCUGAACCCGGCGGUGCCGCUUAUCACUUCGAGCUCGCAGGGUGGCGUCACCACGCGGCACCCACCGUCGCUUCCAUUAACGUCGUCGCACGGCGCGUUCGUGGGACAGGGCAUGAAGAGUCCGACGAUGGAGCACGGCCCGAGCGCGGCAUUACUCGACAAGGUGCGCGCGCUGGACGCGCUGCCGCGCCUAGGAAGCCUGCAGACGCUCGACCUGAAGGGGAACGAGUUGAGGGGCGGGAUAUCGUAUUUGGCGCAGGUGUUGAAGCGGAAUAGGACGCUCAAGGUGCUCAAUCUUAGCGAGAAUAAGCUGGACAUUCAGGGGCUGGUGGCAAUAGCAGAGGCGCUGAAAUACAACUCGUGCCUGGAGACGCUUGACCUUUCCAGGAACCCCUGUUGUGGUCCUGGACUCGAAGGUAUCCAAUCCCUGCGCACCGCAUUCACCCUCAACACCGCCCUAAAACAGCUCUUCUUGUCCUCCACCGCGCUGACAUCGGCUGGCGCGAUCGCUCUCGCGGAGUUCCUCCCCGAAUCGACCUCCCUUCUUCACCUUGGCCUGACCGAAAACCCGAACUUGGACCUGGCGGGCAUGCUCGCCCUCAGUGGCGGGCUGAAAGCAAACCACGUCAUGCGCUGUCUCGACCUGAGCAUUGUCCCGGGGGACGAAGAGAUGGCCCGCGUAUGUAGGGAAAUUCUUGAUAGUUGUGUUCGGAACACGGAGGAGGCGGAGCGGAAGACUCAAGAGGCAGACGGACGGGUGGAGGGCGACGCUUGUAGCCAAAGCAGCAUGAAGGGCACGGGGAAGGGCGUGUGGGCGAUGGUAGAGACGAGCCAACUGGCGAGGUCCAUCGCGAAGGACGACGCGAAGAAGGCCAGCGCGGCUGAUGUGCCGAGCCAAGCGCGCGCCGUCAAGGAGGAAUGGGAACAGCUUUCUGCCAGGACUCGACCUCAGCCUGGCAAUCCGGACGCAACGCUUGCAACACUCCACCCGGACCUGGCGAAGAAGACUAACGCUUUACUUCACAUGCUGGCGGCUCUCAUCGCGAAGACGGACGAUCCCAACAAGCUGGAGGAGCUACUCAACCUCAAUGAUUCGCUGACGGAUUUGAUGAGGCGUGUACCAUCUGCCGCCAGAAAGACCGGCCUUGGGCUUGCCUUGCCUCUCAACGGUGGUCCGUACCUCAGCAACGGAGGCGGUGACACCAUUGACGACAGCGAGGAAAGCGAGUUUGAGCAGCCUGAUCCAACCACACCAAAGAUUGACAAGGGUAAAGGCAAAGCAAUCGAAGCGCCGCCCGAGCCAGAGAAGGUGCUCACCCCAACCGCCGAAUUCCUCAUCUCAAACGAGUCUGAGAGUGAGGAUGAGCAUGGGUAUUUCCCGGCAGAAGGCCCCGGAGAGGAUGAAGGAGUGCCCUUGACGAGCCCCACGGAUCGGUCGAGGAUCUGGGUCGAAGAGGAAGGCGAGGUGUUCAGGAAGGGCAAUGUUCUGUUGAGCGAGGAGGACAUGGAGAACGACUACGCUGGAGAUGAGCUCAGGAAGGAGCUGCUCGAGGCCAUGGUCGAACGCCCUCCUCCUCGCCCAAUAUACGAAGACUUCCCUCCGGAGGGUGACGUCCUGCCGGCUCUGCCUGAAGCCCCUCAAGAACCGGCGAAGCCUCCGCCGCGACCGUACAUCCCGCGGAGACGCUCUUCACAGGCGUCUUUGUCGUCGCAAACCUCGCAGGAGACGAUUACGUCCCCCUUGAGUCCCAGUGUUAAGUCGCCGCUGUCUCCGACGGUGAAGACGACGAACGACAAUGUGCUAUCGCUGUCCGAGCCAUCUCAGGAGCUAGCAAACGUUGCUACCAUCGCAACUUCUGGAUCAUGA